AUAUAGUGCCCGCAGUAUUGGACCGUCACGCGAUCUGUUACGGUCUCUGUUAGCACGGAUUGCGCGUCAUCGUCUUAUGUCGCGCGUGUUUUCGUUUCAAAUCGCGGGAACGUCGCUAUCGUUUUUACGCGAAUUCUAUUAUUUUCUCGACUCGUUCUUAAUUAUGAAUUUUACUAUUUUCGAAUUUUUUAGUAUUCGCAUACGAAUUAUUAAUCCGGCGUAAUAAUAACACAUCAUGCGAUAAGUUUAUUAAUAACAAUUGUUGUUCCAUUGUUUUACGUAAUUUCAUCUCAGAGUUUCAAAAACUGCACUCGUCGUUUUCACGGAAUACAAUUGCUUUCAUUCAGCAGGGCAACGUGGCUAAAUUGAGUCCAAAAAAAUGCACCGCGGAAAAAAGUUUGGGAACCACUGCUUUAAGUACUCGAUACUCGUGUUAACAUGUCAUAAACAAAGAAUAAAGAAUAAACAAGAACCUGUCGUCGCACUUUAACUUGUGUACAACCAACCGACCGAUAUUAUAUCUCAUGUGUCUGCCCGUUACAAACCAUGUUCUCCACGAACCGUAAUAUGGCGACAACGACCGUACAAUUAUACACCACCACGGCUGACCCACGGCCGAGCGCCGUGGCAGCAAACGUGAAAUAUUGACGUCGGCUGUGUAAUACGGGCCAUGGCCGGAGCAUGUUAAACACUUCGUGUUGGGAAACGGAGCGACAGGACAGCGACCAUAAUGCGGUGGUACCGCCCGUCGUUCUCCAGGACACAGACAACUCACUCCGAUUGCAGGCGUGCUGGAUCAGGCUGUGGGAUAGGUGGGCGUGCGAACAACGCAACCUGGUUCUGUACCAGAUGCACAUUAAUCACGCGCUGUCUCGGGAACGGUCCAAGCUAACGUUGGCCGGCGGUCGCGUGGUAUCGUGCAGACGUAUCAAGCAGCAGCAGCAGCUGUCGUCUGCUGGAACACGGUGCAGGUCGUCUAUGGCGGCGGCGGCCGCAGUCACGGCCAGCAUCACUGUUCCUGCCGUAACCGCAGUGAAAGCGCCUGUCUCGGAUAUCUUGGUUGGUGGGCCGGACGCGGUAAGUGCGCGCGAUCUGCGAGUGUUAUCUACUGCGGUGGAUCGGCUGCGCACGUCCGGCUGGUACUACGAAGGUGCAGACGCUCGGGUCAGUGCGGCCGGUGCAUUAGCCAACAUGCCGGCUGGCCGGUUCUGCGUACGUGACUCCAAGCACUUCGGGCACCUGUUCACGAUGGACGUGCAAACGGGCCGCCGCGGUGACAAUCGACUGAUGAGCGUGCGGUUCUCUUACGCGGACGGCUUGUUUGGGCUGGACUCGAUGCCACGGCGGGCCGGCGCGCUCCGCGUGCCCAAGUUCCGAUGCCCAAUCGAACUGAUCGACUAUUACGUGCGGCUGUCUCGGAUCGAAGCUGCCCGCCAGAUGAUCGUGUACCCUGUGUGGAUCGAUCAGUGCGGCCAAUUUUUCUCGUGGAUGAACCUCUGUCGACCAAUGAUCAAGACCGACGCCACUGGGUUCCCGUCACUUAAACACACAUCUCGGCUGGUGAUCAACCGGCACAAGCGUCUGAUCACUAUCACUCCUACAUCACUACCAAACGAACUGAUCGAAUAUUUACUUCAAUAUCCAUAUAGCCUGUGAUCUUGCAUAAUUUAUCAUCAUUAUUUAUUACUCGUCUUCUUGUUAAUUUUACUUGUAGCUAUCAUAGCGAAUAUAUAAAUUAUUAUUAUGUAUUUAUACUUUAUAUAUUAUAUAGAAUACAAUAUUAU